AUGGCGACUCAGGCUGCGUUGAUUGCCGAUACGAUCAUCGGGAUGAAGAGAGCUUUGCGCCGAGAGCGUGAUGACUCUGGACCCGAUGAUCCUAUCAUGCAGCCCACGAACCGUGGGAAUAAAAUGAAAGCGAACGCGAAGUAUGUUCGGGAAGGGGCAAUGGGCUUCAUUCAUGCAGAGGAGUUUUACAGAGAGAAGAUCGAACAUGCAGGCUACGCCCGCCAUAUUCUACAGCGAAACCCUAUUCGUUAUGAUUCAGAGGGGGAUGAACUCGACGAGGAGGAUGAAGACUCUGAGGCAGACACCGCCGCGGCCGAAGAGAACCCGUUCUCGGGGAUUGCACUAGAAACACUUUUAUGUCCCUUGAAACACCCCUCCGAACUCCCCACCCACCCUUCGCUGUCUCAAGCGUACACCUCGCAAGCCCUAGAACAGAUGGCAGGUGCUGUCGAAGAGAAGCUGCGCCAAGAGAAAGCUCUCCUAUGGCGUGCCAGGAACCUUCAUCGUCAGUUUCUGGGGGACGCGGGAUGGAUGCCCUGUGGCGCUGUCGAAGCGCCUGAGGACCGGUACAUUUUUGAGCCUAGAACUGAAGAUGAGAACCCCCAUGGAUCUUCGGGGCAACAAAAACCAAGUAGGCUUGCAGCAACUUCAACAGCCAAUGGAGAUAUCAACGGGGGCCCUGAGAUACCCUCUAUGGCAUCCAGGGAAGCGCAUCACACCCCCAAUGGAAUGGAGGGCGAGUUCCAGACCACAGAGAAUGACGUGGAGAUGGCUGAAUACCCAGCUGGCUCUGGGGAAACAACAGCAAACCUUGAGACUAGGGAACCCAAUAAGGCGCUCAAAUCAGAAGAAGCUGAUGCGACGGUGAACGACCUUCCACCCCACCCCACGGGUGCAGAUGAGCCCCAAAGGAAUGGGAACAAUCUCAGCCGAGGUGGAUAUGUUGCCAAUGACAAACCAGAUGAAAUGGACAUUUCUCAAGAUGGAGAGAAGGUCUAUGCUAAGCGUACAAUUGGGGAUUCGAACGAAACACACGACGAAACUGAGCAAGACGCUGAGAUGCACGACGGCUUAUCACCUGAGCCACCCCGACGUAUGACGACCCGGGCCCGGGCUAAUGCAGCCAAUCCUCAAGAUGAAAACCAAUCUCCAUCUUCGGAGACUGCUAGCAGCUUUCUCACCCCGCACCCACUCUUUCUUAUCCCGGACAACGUCCGCCCAGAUGCGAACUUUGGUCUCCCUGCCACCGAGGCAGAGGAAACUCGUCGUCUUCUCUGGUCCUACAUUCAAAAACAAGAAGAGACGGUGCGGGGGUUCGAGAAUAUGCUCAACUCCUUGUUCCGGGCGUGCCACAUGAAGGCCAAUGUACUUGAAUGGUGCAAGGCGGAGGGCCACGUGGGUGAGAUGAGCGAUGGUGAGGAUUGGUAUGAUCGUGAGAAAUGGGGUCUGGCCGAAGGUGAGGACCUCAAAAAAGGAACCGACGAAGACGAAGUGGAAACAGUGGAUGACAGUCGGACGACGGCCAAACGAGGUCGCGGACGGCGGGCAUAA